UAUACCAUAUGAAUUUAUCUUUAUUUAAAAAGUAUUUUUUUGAUAUCGUUACCAAAAUAAACAGAGAGUGAAACGUGGAAAUACAUUUGUAAUCGGAGAUACACGCAAUGUUGCAGACAUUACAGGAUUCUAGUGACUGCUUUGUUUAUUCUGAAAAUGAUCUUUUAAAGAAUUGUCAACUGGAUAAAGAUUAUCAACUUAGUGAAUUUGACAUCCAACUGAGAAAGAGCUGGGAUGAUAAAAUGAAAAAUGGACAUUUCCGUUAUCAUUUAGACAAAGUAGAAACAAAGAUUAUACCAGGUUCAUUGAAAUAUGUAGCACAGCUAAAUGUUAAGAGAGCUACAGAAAGAAGACCUCCUCAGAAUAUAACAAUAGUGAAUCAACCAUUUGACAGUAAAGUAUUUAAUUUUACGAAAGUAAAAGAAGAUGAGAUUAUAUUUAGAUUAGAGAAAUCAGACAAUGAUGGACAACAGCAGUGUAAUGGUCAUACAGAUUCAAAGAAUGAAAAAAGAAAUAUUGUAAUGGUAAAUGUUAGUCCGUUGGAGUAUGGCCAUAUAUUGAUCUGUCCUGAUAUUGAUGCUUCUAAACCACAACUAUUAGAUGAAUAUGCUCUUAAACUAGCCAUUAACUGUCAGCUACUGAGUAAACAUAAGGGAUUUAGACUUGGCUUUAACAGUUUGUGUGCCUUUGCCUCAGUCAAUCACCAACAUGUACAUGCAUAUUACUUAGAGCAAGAAAUAUUUGCAGAAAAAUGUCCUGUCCAACAUUUAAAGGGACCAGUGUAUGAAUUAGAUGUCAUUCCAUGUAAAGGUUUUGUGUUCCAAUUGUUCGGCACUACUGUGGACCAGCUUACAAAAGAUGUUAUAAAAAUGACAGAAUAUUUACAAAGUAAUGAAGUAGCACACAAUGUGUUCAUAACAAGAGGUACAGCAUUUGGUGAUAAUAGCAAAGAAGAUACAAUCAGAAUAUAUGUGUGGCCAAGGGCAAAGUUCAUAGGAGUUAAAGAAGAAGCUGCCUUUAAUGUAGCUGUAGUAGAGCUUGCUGGACAUUUGCCAAUCAAAGUUGAGAAGUUAUAUGAAGAUCUGACAGAAGAUUUGAUAUCUGACACUGUACGUGAAGCAGCCUUACCAGAAGAGGAAUAUAAAAAUAUAAAAGAUAAUAUACUCAAAUUGUAUCUUAGUUGAUAAUAAUUGACUUUUAGAUGUGCAAAAUAGUGACACUGUAAAGUAUGUUAUAUGAUAUUUAAUAGCAGACAAGAUUUAAGUUUAAACUAACAAUUGAAAUAAAUGCAGUUCUGUUGUACUUUUUUCAUCAAAUUAUAUACAGAAUCAGUGGCGGAUCCAGAACUUUUCAUACGGGAGGGUCCGUUGACUGACCUUAAGGCCCACUCCAGGUAUGCUCCAGUGAUUUCCUAUAUAAUCAACCAAAUUUCCCCCACAAAACAGCCCACCUCCACCUGGAUCUGCCUAUUAGAAUAAGCAUAUUAUACCCAUUGUGUCAGAUUAAAGAUAUUUUUUGUAUGAGGCUUAGUAUCAGGAGCUAAUAUGAGGGUUGUCGAGAACAAAUUAAUUUUCAUCUGAUAUAAUGUAUAGACUCUUUAUAUACUGCAAUUCAACCAUUGAAAAUAAAACUGCUGACUGCAGAGGUAAAAAUUCUGCAAAAUUGAAUUUAACUUUGUUAGUUCAGUCUUCAAUGUUAAUGCAAUUUGAACUACCUAGAAGUGAACCUUCUUAUCAAUUACCAAUAAAAAUAAGUCUGUAUUAUUAUU